AUGCGGGCCGCCAGAGCCGGACCCAAGCCCUUGACUGUGGCGACAAAUGAACUUGGACCUGAACCGCGGCCACCUCUUUCCAAACACGCUCUUGACUUUGUCAAGGCAAAGGACAAGCCGACUUCUAGGGUCAAGGAGUCCGAUAUGCCUGCUUGGGAGCUUACACUGGGCUCCACUCCAAUACUUAAUGCUGUUCCAAGCUUCUUGGCUUCAGAGGAUUUGAAUGAGCCUGAAGGAGAUGCAGAGCCGAUCAUACGAUAUUGGGAGGCAUUACUACGCAAACACGGGCACCAUCCGUAUUUGCUUGUCCGCUAUGCCGAACGUCUGAUGGUGCUCUCGGAUGCUGGACAUGCACUGGUGCUGCUUGAAGAAUGCCUGGAAGAGAUGGGUGCGCUCGAUGCCGAGGUCAGCCCCGAGUUCGAAGCGUCUGUCGAGGCACUCAGAGAGCACUUGGACACGAAGACGCUGCAUACGGAUGGUAAUCUCCCUGAUCCUUCUCUCGUGCAGCUCUGGAUCCCCGCGGCCAUGCUACCCAUGCCCAGCGAUGCCCUGGCUCCUGGUGGUCAUGCUCAAGUUCGAAGUGAUUGGACACAGGACUUUCCCAAAGGCUCAGAAGCUCUUAGAUACAUGCGACACCUUGCAGUUGAGACUCAUCAGGUCGAUCGUACGUUCUUAAUCACGGAAGAGUCAAUGAAAGACAUAGUUCAAGAUGGAAUAGCAGCGCAUCGUAUUCAUGUUGCCUCAGGAAGCAAGAUACAAGACCCACAUGUUAUCGAUGCUAUUCUCGACGAUACGCUCACGGCAUACGAGCUCGUAUGUCCCCUCGUCGAAGAUCCCGCCAAGCUCACGCCUGAAGCGAUCUGCGAAAUACAUCAACGCAUGAUGGAUACAGCACGCUUUCAAAGCGAAUACUACUUCCCGGCAGGUGUGAUGCGGUCCGCUACCCGCAAUGAAGUCUUCAUAGAGACUGGACGUGACAAGAGGAUACAAUGUUGUCCUUCCACGCGAGUUGAAGACGAGAUGCACAAGAUCUGCGACAUGGCUCGGAGGCACAUCGAAGAGGAUCGGAUGAGUCCCUUUGCUCAGGCAGUCUGGCUUCACCUCGCGCAAGUACGCUGUAUUCCUUUCGAGAAGGGAAACGGUCAGGUAUUACGUAUGAUCUCCUCUAUCCCGCUCAUGAGACGUGGUUAUCCGCCCAUCUCGGUGCUAUCGCACAAGAGAAAUGCUUACUUUGAGGCGAUCAAUCAGGCAUACAAGGGCAACUUCGAUCCGCUAGCGCGAUGCUUCGUUGAAGGAAUGCAGAAAGGCAUCGAAGGAACGCGACCCUGA